CCCCAAACAAACAAAUCGCUUUCCCUAAGACCGGAGAGCGUAGAUUUCAGAAGUCAAAAUGUGUAAGGGUCUUUUUGUUGUUGAAUCUCGCUCUAAGGAGUGAAAAAUGGGUUUGUCGGGCGGUAACUCUGCCCCUCCCCCCUUCUGUGUGGCUUGUUAGCUAAUUUGCGACCCUUGGAGGCAGGUGAAGUUCUGCCAAUAUGGAGGAAGAUUCAGACUAUAAUAAAGUUGAAAGUGUAAUUGGCUGCCAUGUCGAAGAUGCAGUAACAUUUUGGGCACAGAACACUAAUAGACAGAAUGACAUCUUGAAGACCAGCUGUACCCUAGCUGAAAUUUGUCCUCAAGCUAGUCCAGUUUUUGGUAACCCAGAUCUGACCAAGAUCUAUGGAGGUUGCUUUUCUGAAGAUAAAUGCUGGUACAGAUGUAAAGUACUGCAAGUUAUAAGUGGUGAAAAGUGCCAAGUAUUAUAUAUUGACUAUGGAAACUCUGAGAUUCUUAAUCAAUCAGAAAUAGUUGAGAUUCCUGCCAACUUGCAGUUUCCUAGUGUGGCAAACAAAUACAAACUCUGGGGAUUACAGAUUCCAGUUAAUCAAGAUUUAAAUCAGUUUGACCAGGGGAGGAAACUGCUGAAUAGCUUGGUUUUUGAAAAAGAAAUAAAGACAAGGUGGAAAGAUGAAUAUCAGGAUGGUACCAUUGUUGCUGAAGCAGAAUGUGGCCUGCUGGAUAUCGGGAAAGAAAUGGUUAAGAGAGGCUUUGUCGAACGAUGCUCAUCUCCCACAAAGAGUAAUAACUAUAACAUGCAACCUGAUCCCUCUUUGUACCAAUCCAGGACUACUAAAGCUAUAACUUGGCCAAGCAGAACCAGCCCUUCAGCCUGCAAUAGGACCAGCCCUUCAGCCUGCAGUAGAGGAGGCUUUGGUGAUCAUGUGUCUCUGAAUGGGAGGAGUGAGAUUAAUGCUGCAAAUCACAUGCCAUUUAGCAAGGAGAAACUGAUGACUUGUGACCCUAGAAGGGUGUCGAACAUUAGCCUGGCAAAAAUUAAACAAGACCAGAAAAUGAUAGAGGAGAAUGGAAAGCUGAAAGAGGAGAAAGAGGCUCUCAGAGGAGAAAACAGAAAGCUUCUGAAUCAGCAUGAAGAACUGGAAUCAAAAGUUAAGAUGCUUACGUAUGACCUGGAGAAAGAGAAGAAAGCUCAUACGGAAACGCUUGAGUAUAUAGAAAGAAUUCUGCCUCGUUAUGUAGGAGUGACGGUGAGAAACCUGGCUGCCAAGUUUGAGAAGCUGAAAGAAACUAGGCAGAUCAGUAUAAGUGCUCGUUUUGGAGAAGACCUUUCAGAAGCUGUGAAAGUGGUUACUAAUGGAUGCCUUGCUGCUCCUCUUUCAUUGGAGAAGCUGAAGAUGAUUGGGGUAGAAUAUUACUCUGCUCAAGAGGAAAUACGAUCAUGCAAAGAUGUGGACCAAGUACAAAGCUUGAUUCUUCAAAGAAAUGAAAUACAGAAGCAGUUCUACUCUACAGUAGAAGAAUUCAUUGUGGAAGUGGAUGACUUGCCCCUUUCUGAUCGAUUAGAAACAUUGCAGAAACUGCAGGGAUCUCUGGAGGCUAUCUAUGGAGAGGCUCACGAAGCUGAGGGCUCUGAAAUAUUUAAUGAGUUCUUUGAGUGGAAGUCUGUAAAGCUGGAGGAGUUCAAUUGUGUCAGGAGUGCCACGGAUUCUUCCCUGCAAAAUCUUGUGACAUGUUUCAACAGAAUAAUUAAGUUCUUUGACAUGACAACGGAAACGUUUUUUACGUCCGAGGAGGUUGUUGACAAUGUGGAUGAUGUUCUCAAGAAGGCUGAGUUGGCUAUUUCUCAAGAGCUGGACAUUUCUCUGGUUGAGCUAGAUGAAGCAGAUAAAAAAAUAAUCUUAAAUAUAUACAGUGAAGUUAUGCAGAAGAUCCAGCAAGAGCAACGUCUUUUAAAUAUUGUCUAUUGCAAGUACCUGGACAGUAUUGAGUUCAAAAAGCAGAUUGUGAAGUGGCUGGAGACAAGUCCCAACAUUGAUGACUUGUUACUGAUUAAGAAGAGACUGAAAAUCCUCAAGGCUCAGCUGAGGUGGAAGUUGGUGGAAAAAAGCAACUUGGAAGAAGCUGAUGAUUACAGUGAGUCUGAAAUGGCAAAAAUAAAAGAAGAAAUUACAGGACUGCGGAAUAGUGUCUUUCAGGAAAUAUACAAUGAGCAAGAGGAAUAUGAGAAGCUUAACCAUCUGGUACAGAAAUGGUUCCCUGAGCUGCCCCUUCUUCAUCCAGAAGCAGGAAUUCUGAAAUACAUGAACUCAGGAGGACUCCUGACAGUCAGUUUGGAACGGGAUCUUCUGGAUGCUGAACCAAUGAAGGAACUAAGCACAAAGCGCCCUCUGAUUUGCUCAGAAAUUCAAGGGCAGAAGGUUCUCCUAAAGGGAUAUGCUGUGGAUAUGAAUACUGAAACAGGAGUGGUAGAAAGGGCAGCAAAGUAUCACCAAGUCUGGAGAGAACUGAAGGAGGAAUCUGGUUUAAUGCAGCUCAUGUUCCUUUUCUUAUGCAAGUCUGAUCCUCUAGCAUAUCUGAUGGUCCCAUAUUAUGCUGGAGCAAGUUUGGGCGCAUUGCAGACUAGUACACCUUUAUCUCAAGAAGAAACCUUAAAAGUGAUGAAAGGAGUGGUCCAUGGUCUCUACAUGCUACACAGAGCUGAUAUAGUGCAUGGAUCCCUGCAUGAAUACAACGUAUUUGCUGUAAACAGAGAAAAAGGAAUUGUUGGAGACUUUGACUUCACCAAAGCAGAAGGUCAGCGUGCAUCAAUGAAUUCUGUGGCACUGUAUGGUCUGAGCUUAACUUCUCCUGAAGUCAAAAAGGGACAGCCACCUUCUCCAGCUUCAGAUAUGUAUGCUUAUGGUUGUCUGCUGUACUGGCUACUUAUUGGAAAUCAAGAAUUUAAAAUAAAACAAGAUGGAACUCCUCAGAUGGAUGGUCUUAAUGUGGACAAUAAACUUAAAUCUCUACUCUUGAAUCUUCUCUGCUGUUACAAUCGAAUGACUGCCAAACAGGUACUGAACAAUGACUGUUUCCUGUUGCCUGAGGUGAUCCCAGAUCCAUUGGAAAAUGAACCAACCGAAUGUGAAAACAAAGGGGAGAUCAAUCCUGAAAUUGUUUCUGAGGGUAGACAGAAGAAUGAGCUGGAACCGGAGAAGAUAAAUCCAGACAGUUAGGGUCUUGGUGUUUGUGUUUUUUGCAUUUUAAACACUGUAAGUUGGCAUAAUUUGGGGUUCCAAAAGUAGCUUCUCUAGUCAAAACUUUAAAAGUUUAGAAUACAGAAGUGCCACACCACAUGCCCAAUUACAAAUUUUGUACGUGAAUUGCUGUGUUUUGGAAAGUUUAUACAACUUGUUACCUGUGUUUUGGUCUUGGCGCAUAAACUCCAUUAACAUAGGGGUCUUCAACAGCUAGUGUGCCCAGAUGUUGAUUGGACUGCAACUUGUUGAUUGGACUACAACUAAAAGCUAUUGUGGCUAGAGAUGAUGGGAGUUGUAGUCCCAAUGCCAUCUGAGGACCCAAGUUGCAGAACCCUUGCUUGAACAGAAUCAGCAUGCAUCUUGGAUAGCUAGUAUCCAAGCCCGAGUUAUAGUUUUAAUUUCAUUGAUGCCCAACUCUCCUCUUUUCCUAUUGCCCAAUAUCCCUUUCACUUGUUUUUCUGGAUUUUAAGGUGUCCUUUGCUUCCAUGCAGGAGACUUUCCAGAUUGCUUGAGGAAACUGUUUUCUUUGCAUCUCAGAGCUAAUACAUUUGCAGGAGGAAGGUAUUGUUGAGGUCCAGUGAUCUGGUAGGUGGACCCUGUUUAAGAGGACUUGCUGGCAUUGCACUUUUGCAGGAUUGCCAAUGUACCACUUGACUAGCCAACCCAAGGAUAUUGUUCUCAGAAUACACAUAGAAGAGGUCUGCUUGCUUACUGCAGAGACUAUUAAAAACACAUCAGAACCUGAAGAGUAUUUUAUCUUAUAGUCUUAAUGAACCAAGAUAGCUGGGCUGGGUUGUUUUUGUUUGACCCACAUUUUGGCAAUAAUAUUGAAAUGCUUGAAAACAGAUCUUUCAGUUGACUCCGAAGGGUACGGGCAAGACAUCCAUAAGGUUCAUCGAUAACAUCGAUCUGUUUCCCACUCUGUUUUUGGGGAGACAGCGUUGACAAUCAUUAGAAUGAUCUGAAUAGUUCUGAAGCAAGCCUGCAAUUCACGCUUUUGAUUUGGGUGAAUCUCUUACGACCUUUAGUAGGUCAGCAUACAUUUUUUUGAAACAAAACAGCUUUCUUUUUCUUUUUCAGUGUCAUGCUGUACUGUAUCUGGCCACUAGGUGCUGCUCUUGACUUAGUGCUUUUCAGUGAUAUUGCUGCCAGCAGCAAGUAAUAUUGUGGUGGUGAUUGGUAGGCGGGCAGCUUGUGACACUGGUUUGAGUGGUUCAUUGCUAUUUAAAGAAUGUACAAUACAGCUUUUUAUAUAUUGGGAAGAAACUAGCCAUUCCUAGGCAUGUUCGUACAAGUCAAUCUGUUCUCCAGUUGUAGAUCGUGGAGCUGUAUCUGUACUGUCUGUUUGCUACAUAGUUGAGUGUUUUGUUUUUCUUAAGUUGCCAACAGAUACAAUUUAUUACAGCCAUGUACAGUGGUGUUUGUGUUGUUUUCCUAUCUGAGGACCCCAUAUUUUUCUAUAUCUAGUAAACAAUGGAACAGAAAAGA